CAUUUUCUAAGCAGCAGGAAGUGAAAUUUUUUCAGUCAUGUUCCCGCAUGUUCCAGAGAUAACAAAAACUGUCGUCUGUACUCUUCAUGAUUGCUGGCUGUUUGCAGUUUGCGAUGACUGGCAGCGGUCAAUGUGUGCUGAGUGAUGUGACUCUCUGCUCGCCAGUGGGGGAAAUCCUGCUGAGCGGCUGUGAGAAGGGAGUUCACACCAUUGACAUCAAACUGGGAACAGAUAAGGAGGAGAGUGUAUCCUGUUGUAGCGUGCGCCCUGUUUGCCAGUCAGAAAUGAGCCCUGUGUUACAGUGCUGUGUUGACUGGCUUCAGUGCUACUUCAUGAAACCCGAGUCCAUCAGCACUCUUCCUCUGCCUCCCAUACACCAUCCACAAAUGCAGAGAGAUUCUUUUCAAGCACAUGUGCUGUGGACUCUGUUGAAGGAAGUGGGGCUUGGGGAAACGGUCUCGUACAAGCAGCUUGCUGAAAUGAUUGGGAAUCCAAAUGCUGUGCGAGCCGUGGGCUCAGCCAUGAAGAAAAACCCUAUUCCACUGAUAGUGCCUUGCCACCGGGUGCUGCGCAGUUCAGGGGACAGUGGAUCAUACAUGGGAGGAAAGGGGGAUGAUAUUAAAGUUUGGUUGCUCACUCAUGAGAAAAAAGCAUUGGAGCUCAAUGCUUUACAGAGUGAAUAAUCCAUCGGAUGGACCCCAAAAUUUUCAUGCUGCUUCUCAAGUUUGUUCACAAUCUUUUUUUUUUAGGAAGUCUGUUUGUUUGGACAAAUUAUAUACCAAUUGAGAGAACAAACUCUUUGAUAUAAUCCAUAUAUUGUCCAUAGUUUUAGAGGAAUCUGUUUUGAGUUGUGUUUUUGAGAGCAGAUGGUUUGAUUAGUUGUUAUGGUUGUCAGUGUUAUUGACAUUGUUAAAUGUGAUGUUUAAUCCAAAGGAUUACAGAAAGUUAUUUUUAAAGAAAUUGCCAAAUCUUUUUUUAUUAUUAUUGUUGCAUAUUUGUUUUAUUCCUGAAAUUCAUACAUUCUUGCUGCAAGUUAUCCAUAUAUAAGUUAUGCUAACUAGAGUUUUAUUGGAAAUAAACAGCUCUGUAAAGCAAAUAUAGAUGUUUAUUAAUGGUGGAUCAAUUAUCUACACUACUGGUGGCCAAAAGCUAAAAACUAAAUUAAUAUUUUUUAAUGUUUUUGAAAAAAGUAUUUUAUGGUAACCAAGACUACUUUUAUUUUAUCAA